AAUGGGAAAUCUAUAUAAAUUCUGGAGUUAUGACAUUUUCAUUUGCAUCGUUUGUUUACAAAACUAUUUGUUGUCGUCUACAGCAUACCUAGUACAUAAAAUGGAAAAAUUCAUGUCAGAAGCAUUAGAAGAAGCUAAAAAGGCACUAAGGGAGUUUAAUGAGGUUCCAGUUGGCUGUGUUUUUGUUUACAAAAAUGAAAUCAUUGCUCGUGGACAUAAUCUAGUGAAUUUAACAAAAAAUCCAACAAGACAUGCUGAAUUUGUGUGUAUAGACAAAGUCCUUCAUUAUUGCAAAAUUAAUCAGCUGGAUUUUAGUGAUGUUUUUAAGGAAAUAAUAGUCGUAGUCAACGUGGAGCCGUGUGUAAUGUGUAUGAGUGCUUUAUAUGAUUUAAAAAUUAAGGAAAUAUAUUAUGGCUGUAAAAAUGAUCGAUUUGGAGGAUCUACUGUUGUCAAUGUAGCCAAUUUAGUCAAAACAGACACAACACUUAUUGGAGAAAUUAAUGAUAAGGAAGCUAUGGAUUUAUUAAAACAGUUUUAUGCGACUGGCAAUCCGCUCGCUCCAAUUAGUGCCAAACCACUCUAACCGUCAAAAAUUAUUCAAAAAUACAGUCAACAAAGAAGUAAACAACAGGAAACGAACAAAAAUUCAAUAAUUUAAUUAAAGUCGAUUAUGAGCUUAAAUAAGCUUCAAUUUUUAAAGCCAGAUGAUUCGGACGACUUAUUUGCUGCAGAACGAGAGAAUCAGAAUGUAGAAGCCACAACUUUUGUGUUUAAUUCGAAUAAAAGCCUAACACUUCAAGCUCAACGUGAAAAAUUGCCGAUAAAAAGGAGAAAAACUGACAUACUUUAUUGUCUUGAGAAUUAUCAGACACUGGUGCUAUGUGGCGAGACUGGAUCCGGAAAAUCAACUCAAAUACCUCAAUAUCUUUACGAACAAGGAUAUCAUUCAAAAGGAAUCAUCGGAAUUACACAGCCAAGACGGAUUAGUGCAUUAACAUUAGCACAGCGAGUAUCCGAAGAAAUGGGUCAAGUAUUUGGUGAUGAAGUUGGUGUAUCGGCAAGAUUUUUAAGUAAAUUUAAUGAAAAUACAAAGAUCAAGUUUAUGACCGAAGGCAUUUUAAUUAGAGAAAUGUACGCAAAUCCUUUAUUGUCAGAAUACUCAGUCAUUAUGAUUGACGAAGCUCACGAACGGAACUUAAUAACUGACUGUAUAUUAGGUCUAAUCAAGAAGAUUGCUAAAAAACGAGACAACCUGAAAAUCAUCAUAUCUUCGGCUACAAUGGAUGCUGACUUAUUCUAUGACUUUUUCAACUUUCGUUCAAAAUCAAAACCAAAGGAUACAGCAGUAAGAUUAUCGGUGGAAGGAAGAAUGUAUGAAAAUCAAGUAUUUUAUCUCAAUGAUCCAUGUCCUGAUUAUGUAAAAGCUACAGUGGAGACAGUCAUGAAAAUUCAUCAUAAAGAGCCACAAGGAGACAUUCUUGCCUUCUUAACAGGACAGGAAGAAAUCACACAAGCAAUAAGGAUGUUAAGAGAACACAUGGAAAUGGCCAACAUUAGUGAAGAAGAAUUAAAGCCUUUACCAAUGCAUGGACAGCUCACGCAUCAUGAUCAAUUAAGAGUUUUCUUUCAUACACCGAAAAAUUCACGAAAAGUUAUUUUUGCUACGAAUAUAGCAGAGACAUCAGUCACGAUCCCAAACAUUUCUUAUGUCAUUGAUUGUGGAUUUAUAAAAUUAAAUUGGUACAUGGCAGAUUUACAAAUCAAUAUGCUCGUCAUUUGUCCAAUUUCACAAGCUUGUAGUCGUCAACGAACUGGACGUGCUGGAAGAAUAAGAAAUGGAAAAGUAUACAGGCUCUACACACAAGAAGCUUAUCAAAAUUUGGCGACAAUAACACCGCCAGAAAUGAGACGUGCUGAUUUGUCUACAACAAUUUUAACUUUAAAGGCAUUAGGAAUUGACAACAUUUUGAGAUUUAAUUUUCCAUCUCCACCGCCUGCAAAAAAUAUGCUUGCAUCUAUAGAACUUUUGUAUGCAAUUAAUGCGAUUGAUUGUGUUGGAAAUUUAACAAAUGAUGGAUUUAUUAUCGCAGAACUUCCUCUACUCCCAAUGCAUGCUAAAAUGCUUUUAGCAUCAAAAGAAAUGGGAUGCAGUGAUGAAAUUCUAUCAAUUAUUGCCAUGCUACAAGUUCAACAAAUUUUCUCAAGUCCUAAAUCGGGUCAAGGCUCGAUAACAGCACGUCGUCAACGAAGAAAUUUUGAGGUUUCAGAAGGAGAUCUUAUAACUUAUUUAAAUGUAUAUCAGGCAUUUGUGUCGAAUGGCUGUACAAAAGAGUUUUGUGGACAAUAUUGCAUGCUGUAUAGAAAUUUGAAGAGAGUUGUAGAAAUAAGGAACCAAUUGGCAUCAAUGCUGACUAAACAAUUCAACUUUAAGCUAGUCAAAUGCAAAGGAGACAUCAAUUUAAUCCGGCGAGCUAUUUGUUCUGGUCUUUUUCCAUUUGCUGCAUAUCUUCAUCAUUCUGGAUCUUAUCGAAUGGUCCGUGGUGAUACUGAAGUUCAUAUUCAUCCUACAUCAUGUCUUUAUACUGAAGUUCAGCCAUCGUGGAUUGUCUUUAAUGAAGUCAUUCAAACAACAAAACUAUUUGUGAGAGAUAUAACUGUGAUAGAAUCGUCUUGGCUUCUCGAACUUGCUGAACAUUACUAUCAUAAAGCUGCUGUACCAAGAAACUAAAUUUAGGAAGCAAUAAAAGAAUAUUUUGUGUACAAGGAA